CCCGCUGCCUGUGCAAACGCCUCCGCCCCCUCGGCGUCUGACUCCCGCCCCCGGCUUCGCCUCCCGGUGCUGUAGCUGCCGCCGCCACAGCCGCCUCAGCCGCUUCCCGCGGCCUGGGCCUCCCGCCGCCAGCAUGCCGCACGCUUUCAAGCCCGGAGACUUAGUGUUCGCCAAGAUGAAGGGUUACCCGCACUGGCCGGCCCGGAUUGAUGACAUUGCCGAUGGUGCUGUGAAGCCCCCUCCCAACAAAUACCCCAUCUUCUUCUUUGGUACACAUGAAACAGCCUUCCUGGGACCCAAGGACCUGUUCCCGUAUGACAAGUGCAAAGAUAAGUAUGGGAAACCCAACAAGAGGAAAGGCUUCAAUGAGGGACUCUGGGAGAUCCAGAACAACCCUCACGCCAGCUACAGCGCCCCUCCGCCAGUGAGUUCCUCUGAGAGCGAGGCCCCUGAAGCUGACCCUGCAGGUGGGAGUGACGCCGAUGAGGACGAGGAGGGCCGGGGAGUCAUGGCUGUCACAGCUGUGACUGCCGCAGCCGCCAGCGACAGGAUGGAGAGUGACUCAGACUCUGAUAAGAGCAGUGACAACAGCGGCCUGAAACGGAAGACAUCGGCACUGAAGGUAGAGAUGUCUGUCUCCAAGCGUGUCCGGAAGGCCUCUAGUGACCUGGACCAAGCCAGCGUGUCGCCCUCUGAAGAGGAGAACUCAGAGAGCUCGUCCGAGUCCGAGAAGACCAGCGACCAGGACUUCACGCCCGAGAAGAAAGCUGUGGUCCGGGCGCCGCGGCGGGCCUCCGUGGGUGGACGGAAGAAGAAGAAGGUGCCGGCAGCCUCGGAUUCGGACUCCAAAGCCGAUUCCGAUGGGGCCAAGGAGGAGCCAGUGGCCCUGGCAAAGUCAGCGUCUCCCUCCUCUUCCUCCUCUUCCUCCGACUCUGACGUGUCUGUCAAGAAACCUCCUCGGGGCAGAAAGCCAGCAGAGAAGCCUCCCCCAAAGCCCCGAGGGCGGAAGCCAAAGCCUGAGCGGCCGCCUUCCACCUCCAGCAGUGACAGCGACAGCGACGAGGUGGACCGCAUCAGUGAAUGGAAACGGCGAGACGAGGAGCGGAGGCGGGAGCUGGAAGCCCGGAGGCGGCGGGAGCAGGAAGAGGAGCUGCGGAGGCUGCGUGAGCAGGAGAAGGAGGAGAAGGAGCGGCGGCGUGAGCGGGCUGAGCACGGGGAGGCUGAGCGAGGAGGCAGCAGUGGCAGCAGUGGGGACGAGCUUGGGGAGGACGACGAGCCUGUCAAGAAGCGGGGCCGCAAGGGCCGGGGCCGGGGGCCGCCCUCCUCCUCCGACUCGGAGCCCGAAGCAGAGCUGGAGAGAGAGGGGAAGAAAUCCACCAAGAAGUUGCAACCUCAGAGCACAGAGCCCAUGAGGAAGCCCAGCCAGAAGGAGAAGAGAGGGCGGCCUGAGGAGAAGCCCCGGACCAGGUCAGCGAGUGCCCCCACCUGGCUUCCCGCUGGCCUGGCUUCUGGGCUGCUCAACACCCUCGGGCACCCUCUCUGGAGAGGCCUGGCUUCUGGGCCUGUGAAGGUAGAACGGACCCGGAAGCGGUCGGAAGGGCUCCUGCUGGACAGGAAGGGGGAAAAGAAGAAAGAACCUUCUGUGGAGGAGAAGCUGCAGAAGCUGCACAGCGAGAUCAAGUUUGCCCUGAAGGUCGACAACCCGGACGUGAAGAGGUGUCUGAAUGCUCUGGAGGAGCUGGGGACCCUGCAGGUGACCUCUCAGAUCCUGCAGAAGAACACAGAUGUGGUGGCCACGUUGAAGAAGAUUCGCCGCUACAAAGCCAACAAAGAAGUGAUGGAGAAGGCAGCGGAAGUCUACACUCGGCUCAAGUCUCGUGUCUUGGGGCCCAAGAUCGAGGCAAUCCAGAAAGCAAACAAAACUGGAACAGAGAAGGAGAAGGCUGAGGUGGAGAAGGCUGAGGAGAAGCUGGCCGGGGAGGAGACCACCAAGGAGAAGGCGGAGGAUGAGCCCAGCCUGGGUGUGGAUCUCUCAGCCCCUGUGAAUGGCGAGGCCACGUCGCAGAAGGGGGAGAGCACGGAGGACAGGGAGCAGGAGGACGCGCAGGACUCGGAGGAGGGUCUACAGCGCAGCUCCUCAGAAGACCUGCACGACAGCCUACGGGAGGGCCCUGACCUGGACAGGCCCGGGAGCGAGCGGCAGGAGCGCGAGAGGGUGCGGCUGGACUCGGAGUCCCUGGACGAGGACAGCUGAGCUGCCGGGGAGGUGCGCUGUCGUCCGUAGGCCCGGCUGCUCCUGCCCCCUCAGCGCAGGGAACUUUUGGGGAAACGCUGUGCUGUUUGUUUGUAUUUGUCCCUUGGGUUUUUUUCUGCCUAAUUUCUGUGAUUUCUGACUGACAUGAAAUGACUAUAAAGGGUUUUUUAAUGAAAAA